AUCUCCGUGUGACGGAACUUAGACAUGUCUACGACAUAAGAUGGCAAGCUUAAAGUUUACCAAUUCUACUAGACUAGAAUAAGAAGUUACUAAUGGUUUAUUAACUAUUAUUAUUGAUACAAUGCUAGCGUGUUUUAGGAUUAAGACAAGACUGAGUUAGAAUGACAACGACCGAAGUAUUAGUUGGAGUAGCAUGCGGUAUUGGUGCUGGAAUACUCGUAGGUAUCAUCUACUGGGCUGUUUUCAUCCGAUCGAAGAAAAAACCCAAAAAUAUCAAGCAAACGAAACAUCAUAAGACUUACGAUCAGGCCAAGCAAAAUCUGAUCAUCAAACCAGACUCAAUACCAGCUUUUGAUAUUCCUUGUUACCCUCUACACGUUCAGGAACCAGUUUUACCUUCUUCAGCAAGCAGUGAUAUACUUUUAGAACGGCAAAAAUCACCUAUUCCUAAAGAUAUUAGGCAGGGAAGACGAGGUUCAGUACCUCUUGAUCAGUUGAUCACUCAAAGUGCUCAAGUAGGAAGGAAGAUCAGCCCAACACCGAAAUCACCACCGUCAAUAUACGCUAUCAACAACCAAGCCAUCGAAAACUUGGAGAACAUUCAAAAAAAGAGAGGAAAAAGGAUCGCGGCCAUACACAGAUCAUCAACAUCCCCUCUCGGUAAACUGGAAUUUUCUUUGUAUUACGACCAAGAUUUUGGAAACCUCCAAAUUCAUAUUAUACGAGGAAGUCAAGUAUAUCAGACGGAAAGUAGUGAAGAUCUAAUGGAGCUUGUUGUUUCAGUGGCGGUGGUAUUCGAUGGUAAGCAAAUAUGGCAUGAUAAGACCCAUCCAACAGAGGCAACCACAAAUCCUGAAUUCAACGAACAGCUCACGAUUCAUGGAUUGACAUCCAAUCAAAUGAGAGUAGGGACUCUAAAGUUAACGAUCAAGAACAACAUUACUGAUUCACCAAUAAGUGUAGCGUACUACCCGCUCUCGACCGUACCUUAUAAUUUCCUUACAACUGAGACAGUUAGGCUAAACGAAGUUGAAGACAUUGACGAAGCCAAGCUUUUCCAGUGGCGUCAGGAUGACGACGAGCUCAACAAUGGCGAACUGCUCGUUUCCAUGCUUCAUAGCCCAGCUGAUAAAAAGUUGACGAUUGGUGUAGAAUGUGCACGUGACUUGCCAUCUGGGAACCGAGGACCCCCUGAUUCAUUCGUUAAGGUAGACAUACUCCUCCUUGGUCACAAGCUGCACUCCAAAAAAACCAAUGUCAUACCCAAAAGCUGUCAUCCCGAAUACAACGCAGUAUUUGAGUUCGCAAUUGAAGACGACAAGCUUCCUCAAGUCAUGGUGAGCAUGAAAGUGAAGAGUCAUGGGAAGAUGCGCAGUACAAGAAAAAUAGGCAUGAUUAAAUUGGGAUAUACUGCUGACCCGAAUGAACCACAGUACAGACACUGGGAGCAGGUCUUACAUCAUCCUUACUUAAAUAUUGAAAAAUGGCACGCAAUUGGAAAACAUCAUUAAUUAUGUAUAAUUCUAUCUAAUAAUAUCAAAAUAGUGGCACUUGAUUGGUCAGAGAGACACCGGAUGUAUACUAGAUGUCAGAAGGACGCCGUUAUCCCGGAUGCACCAAAACGCUCCAUUGUGUAUUAAGCUAUCGUUGUCUUUAUGAAUAGUUUAUAAUAUCGAGAACUGAACAAGACACUCAAAUAGAUUAUAGAUUAAAGAACAAGAAAGAACUUUAUAAAACACGAGAAGAUGGUAGACAGAACCCAACCCGCAACUGGGUGAUCUUUCCAUCAAAUGCUUAUACUUUCUUUAAUUUAUGGGGUUUUUAAAUUAAGGUAGCUUUGUUAUUAUUGCUUUUAUUAUUAUCAUUCUUGAAAAUCAAGCUCUAGAGCCCAGGAGUCUGAAGCACGAAGAAGACAAUCAGCCAACGUCAUAAUUUUACAGUUCUGCUUGUUAUUCAAUGAGAAGAAAAAUACUUAAAAAAUAAAACCGACAUUUCACUUUCC